UUUUAAAGAAGUAUGCCUUGAAGAAAUAAUUUCCGUAGUUAAUCUAGCUUUUAUUGGGACGUAGCCAAAUUUCUUUUUUAUUAAAAUGCCUGAAAGGCGCAUAUUUGGUUUUUUGAUGUUCAUUCUUUUCCUGCUUACAACGCGUGCCUCAUUCAACAAAGACCUUGUACUGUGUGGAGACUGUUCUAAGCAAAAGAAUGCUUGCAAAAUUAAAGGUGAUUCGGGACACAUUGUAGUCCGAAAAGGCAUUUUUGAACGGAUUCCGUUUAGAUCCAACGACGUUUUUCUAACCAAAAACUUCGACGUGUGUAUUCCUAGCGGUAUGCAAAUUAAUGCAACAGAUGGAGAUUUCAAAUAUAUAUGUGUUUGGUCACCCCAACUUGGUUGUCAAAUUCUAAUACCUAAGGACGAUGAGGACAAAGCAUCCUGUGCGUUUUGCCGAAUUGGCGAAUUAAAUGGAAUAAAAGCAUGUCCGUGCAUUUUUAACUUGGAAAAGAAAAAAAAGAAAUCGGGAUCAAGGAAACUCCACUCCAGCAAUCUUCAUAUUAUGGUUUCUGCCCUUAUUGUGGUUACACAAUCGAAAUGGAAAGCAUUCAGUGCACACUUUAUGUGACAUUAGUACCCUCCGCAGAGGGAAUUAUUAUCGAGAAACAAAA